GAAAAGAUGAUCAAUUUGAAAUUCGUUGUAAAAUGUAUUCUGAAACCGGUCAUUCUUUGGAUUCAAUUGAAGCUGAAGUUGGAAUAAAUUCCGAUUGCCUUAAAGAAAUUUUCGCUUACUUGGCAGAAUCGGCAAAACCUGAUAAUAGAAACUCUUCACUCUUGUAUUUUAAUAAAUCCACGUUGGUAUCUUCAAUUAUUAAAUUGUCAUUCUUUGAUAAUUUAUUACACAUUGGUGUCAACGAAGAAUUAAAAAUUCGCGACAGAGAAAUUUUAAAAAUAUGGAUAAAAUUAUUGGAAAUUAUUUUAUUGAACAAGGAAAAUAAUGAGAUGAAAGGUGAAGGAGAAGAAAAAUCAGUGGAAGGAGAAAUGAAGUAG